AGUGACAUGUGGAUGCCCAUGCCACCUUCGCUCCCCGGCUGUCCUCCUGGGCUGGAAUAUUUAAGCCAAAUUGACUGGUUAUUAAUCCACCAGAAAUACGAAAUUCUGGAACUCAUAACGUCCUUUGAAACAGCCAACAAGUACGAAGUAAGAAACCGUUUGGGACAAAUGGUGUACUUUGCCACCGAAGAAAACAACUGCUGUGUGCGGAAUUGCCUCGGAACCUUGCGGCCCUUUACCAUGGUGAUCGCUAACCACAUGGGACAGCACAUCAUCAGCCUCGUGCGACCCUACCGUUGCAUCAGCUGCUGUUGCCCAUGCUGCUUGCAAGAGAUGGAAAUCCAUGCGCCACCAGGCUUUCCGAUUGGUUAUAUCAAACAGAUAUGGGACCCCUGUCUGCCCAAAUUUACACUCCAAAACGAAGUCCGAAAGGAUGUCCUUAAAAUCAUUGGGCCUUGCUUGACAUCUGCCUGCUGUGGGGAUGUGAAUUUUGAGCUGAUGGCACUAGACGAAAAGACCAACGUGGGAAGGAUUUCUAAGCAGUGGGGAGGCUUUCUCCAGGAGUUCUUCACAGAUGUGGAUUCUCUCGGAAUUGCGUUCCCUCUGGACCUUGAGGUUAAAAUCAAAGCAGUAGUCCUUGGGGCUGCUUUCCUCCUCGAUUUCAUGUUCUUUGAGGAGGGAGGAGGUGGGCAGACUCUUGGUGUUUGGUGUUAA